AUGGAUUUUGGAGAUAAAAGUUGGAUGAAUCUCCGAAGAUCCACCAAUGAAUAUAUUCAUGGAGUUAAUGAUUUUCUUGAUAAAGCAUUUGAACGAGCUUCCCAAGGAAAUGAAAUAUUGUGUCCUUGUAAGAAGUGCUUUAAUCGUAAUUGGCAUUGCCGAAAUAUGGUAGAGGAUCAUUUGAUUUGCCAUGGAUUUGUUCAUGGAUACACCAAAUGGGUUUUUCAUGGUGAAGGAUUUUCCUCAAGAAAUACGCCACAUCCAACCGAUGAAGAAGAAACUUCUAACAUGCAUGACGACAUUGAUAUAUUACUUCAUGAUACUUUUAGAAAUAUAGUAGAUGAUCAGAGACAUGAAGGAGUGAGGGAGGGGCCACAUGAAGAUGCAAAGAGAUUUUUUAAAUUAGUGGAGGAAGGGAAAGAAGAGUUGUAUCCAGGGUGUAAGAAUUUUUCUAAGUUGAGUUUUACCAUCCGGCUAUACUUGUUUAAAUGCAUUCACAAGUUGACUGAUGUGGCCUUUUCAGAUUUGUUGGACUUGAUAAGAGAGGCAUUUCCAUUUGCUCAGAUACCCGACUCGUUUUACAAGGCAAAAAAGGUCAUAAAAGAUUUGGGUCUUCAUUAUGAGAAAAUACAUGCUUGCACUAAUGAUUGCAUAUUAUUUUGGAAUGACAAUGCAAAGUUAGAUAAUUGCUCUGUGUGUGGAGCUUCAAGAUGGAAGAAUGUUCGGAAUGACUUAAAUAAUAAGGUUACGAAAAUCCCAGUGAAGGUUUUAAGGUACUUUCCUUUAAAGCCUAGGCUUCAGAGGAUAUUCAUGUGUUCUGAAACAUCUGUAGCUAUGAGAUGGCAUGAUACUGAACGACUUAAAGAUGGAAAUUUAAGACAUCCUGCAGAUGGUGAAGCUUGGAAGGAUUUUGAUUCAUUGCAUCCUGACUUUGCUAAUGAUGCUCGUAAUGUUAGAUUGGGUCUUUCAAGUGAUGGUUUCAAUCCAUUCAGAACUAUGAGCAUUUCCCAUAGCACAUGGCCAGUUAUGUUGAUGAACUAUAAUUUAUCUCCAUGGACUUGCAUGAAGUCGGAGAAUAUUAUGUUGUCAAUGAUUAUUCCAGGUCCAUCGUCUCCGGGAAAUGAUAUAGAUGUAUACUUGCAACCACUGAUUGCGGAGUUGAAGGAACUAUGGGAAGUGGGAGUUGAAACAUAUGAUGCUGUAACUAAUCAAACAUUUCUAAUGCAUGCAGCUUUAUUGUGGACAAUUAGUGAUUUUCCAGCUCUAGCAAUGCUUUCUGGAUGGAGCACCAAGGGGAGAUGGGCAUGCCCCACUUGUAACCAUAAUACUUGUUCCCAAUAUCUCAAACAUAGUCGCAAGAUGUGUUACUUGGGUCAUCAGACGUUUUUACCUCCUGAUCAUCCAUUCAGAAGAGAUAAAAGAUCAUUUAAUGGUAAAGAGGAGCAUAAAGUUGCACCUACUCCAUUAUCAGGUGCACAAAUUCUUGAAGAGCUUCGUGAAUUCAAUAAUGUAUUUGGAAAGAAAAAAAAGAAAAGAAAACGAAAGAAUGAUGGUUUAUGA